UAGACCAUUAGAUUACCAGACCAGAGAGCAACACAGCGUGUGACAGCGUCGGAGACCCUUAUACGUCCCCUGAGGAUAGGUGGACCAGACGGACAGUGGACUGUUUUUGUUUGCCAGCAGGCUGAGGAGAAGCUCUGUCUGUUUAACCAGAGGAACACUAUCUCAGGCUUCUAGAAGCUCUGUCUGUUUAACCAGAGGAACACUAUCUCAGGCUUCUAGAAGCUCUGUCUGUUUAACCAGAGGAACACUAUCUCAGGCUUCUAGAAGCUCUGUCUGUUUAACCAGAGGAACACUAUCUCAGGCUUCUAGAAGAGGACUAUAGUAUCUUGGGAGUCAGACUGUUUCUGAGAGACUCUGUCUACCUGGAGCCUGUGUCCUCUAUAACCCGUAGAGAGACUGUCUACCUGGAGCCUGUGUCCUCUAUAACCCGUAGAGACUGUCUACCUGGAGCCUGUGUCCUCUAUAACCCCUAGAGAGACUGUCUACCUGGAGCCUGUGUCCUCUAUAACCCGUAGAGAGACUGUCUACCUGGAGCCUGUGUCCUCUAUAACCCGUAGAGACUGUCUACCUGGAGCCUGUGUCCUCUAUAACCCGUAGAGACUGUCUACCUGGAGCCUGUGUUCUCUAUAACCCGUAGAGAGACUGUCUACCUGGAGCCUGUGUCCUCUAUAACCCGUAGAGAGACUGUCUACCUGGAGCCUGUGUCCUCUAUAACCCGUAGAGAGACUGUCUACCUGGAGCCUGUGUUCUCUAUAACCCGUAGAGAGACUGUCUACCUGGAGCCUGUGUCCUCUAUAACCCGUAGAGAGACUGUCUACCUGGAGCCUGUGUUCUCUAUAACCCGUAGAGAGACUGUCUACCUGGAGCCUGUGUCCUCUAUAACCCGUAGAGACUGUCUACCUGGAGCCUGUGUCCCCCCCAGUCGGUAUAGAGAAGGACUGAACUAGUCUUCCUGUUGAAACCUACAUUACAGUCCUUUGUUUUAGUCCGGGUUGGUGGGCAUCUUGAACCCUAACCCUCAUGGAGAAGUUCCAGGCUGGUAUGGUCCUAGCGGGGGUGGGGGACGCCCUGGGCUACCGUAAGGGCCGCUGGGAGAGCUGCCCCUCUGGGCCACAGAUCCAGGAAGAGCUGGCCUCUCUGGGGGGCCUUGGGGCUCUGAAACUGGACCCUGACAACUGGCCCCUCAGCGAUGGAGCCCUGAUGCACAUGACCACCGCGGAGGCCCUCAUCACAGACUACUGGUGUUUGGAGGACCUCUACAGGGAGCUGGUCAGGGUGUAUGUUGAGGCCAUGGUGUCUCUCCAGGGUCGCCCUCCUGACCCAGUCACCGUGGAGGGAUGUGCUCACCUCAAACCCAACAACUUCCUGCUGGCCUGGCACACGCCCUUCAAUGAGAAAGGUUCUGGGUUUGGAGCAGCCACCAAGGCCAUGUGUGUGGGGAUGAAGUACUGGCAGCCUGAGAGGAUAGACAACCUAGUGGAGGUCAGCAUUGAGACGGGGCGCAUGACCCACAACCACCCUACAGGUUUCCUGGGCUCUCUGACCACGGCUCUGUUUGCGUCGUACGCGGUGCAGGGCAAACCGCUGGUGACCUGGGGUCGCGACCUCAUGAAGGUCCUCCCCAAGGCCGAGGAGUACUGUAAGAAGACCAUACGCCACAUGGCAGAGUACCAGGAGAAGUGGUUCUACUUCGAGGCUAAGUGGCAGUUCUACCUGGAGGAGAGAGGCAUGGAGGAGGAGGGGCAGAACAAGCCACUGUUUCCUGACACCUACAGCGCUGAGGAGACAGACAAGGUGUAUAAGCGCUGGAGCUCAGAGGGCCGGGCUGGACGGAGGGGUCAUGAUGCUCCCAUGAUAGCCUACGAUGCUCUCCUGGCCUCAGGCUCCGACUGGACCCAGCUCUGCCGCCGCGCCAUGUUCCACGGAGGGGAGAGCAGUGCCACAGGGCUGAUAGCAGGCUGUCUGUACGGUCUCCUGUUCGGCCUGUCCCAGGUCCCUGAAGGGCUGCACCAGGAUGUGGACCGACGCACGCGGCUGGAGGAGCUCGGAGCCGAGCUGUACAAGGCAGCCUCCGCAGAGAGGAGCACAGAAAAGUAACAACACCACCCUGCCCACACCGCCCUCUUCUGGCCGACAUAGGAACUACACAUGAAUGACUCCACCAUGGCUGGCUACUGGCUGCUCACCUACCUACCUACCAGUGGAGGCUGGUGGGAGGAGCUAUAGGAAGACGGCUCAAUGUAAUGGCUGAAGGGGAAUACAUAUGCUUGAUACUGUUCCAUUUAUUCCAUUCCAGCCAUUACAAUGAGCCUGUCCUUCUAUAUCUCCUCCUACCAGCCUCCUCUGCUACCUACCUAUCCCACAGCACUGCAGCCCCCCUAGCUCGGCCUGUACCCUCCUCUCUGUCUCUCUCUCAACUGCUGCUGCUGGGGUCUCUGGAAUAGUUCCGGUCCAGUUCCAUUAAGUGUUUCUAAAAAAAACUAAAGUCAUUCAUGUGAAACUGAAUCAGAAUCAGAAUCAGAAUCAGAAUCAGAACUCCUGAACUGGAUAUGUAAUGUAACUAUUCCAUAGAUUCCAGAGGCCCAACGUGUUCUCAUCUAUAGAUGAACAUGGAUGAACUAACAUCCCUACCUACUGUACAUACGCCAGUCCUGGGUUUAAAACAUGUGAUUGUAGACAAAGAAGACGGUCCUGUGUAAAUGAGAUUUAAACAACAGGCUUGUUAUUAGUCUGUACCCCCAUAUAGUAUAUGUUCCCUAUAUAGUGCACUACUUCUGACCCGAACCCUAUGGGCCCAGGUCAAAGGUAGUGCACUAGGGUUCUAUUUGGGAUCCACUCUUAGUCUGUUAUUUGCACUCAUCUCAUGUUUUGGUUUAUUAUUGUCUGCUGUGGAUUCACCACGAGUGACAU